ACCAUACAUAUAGACAACCAGUACAAGAGCAACGCACCGUCUGCUAACUACGCGAGGCUUUUCGCCAGAAUGUCAUUACAAACUCACGAAAGUGCAAUACGGGAAUUACAGCGGGUCUGUGAAGUUCCGGACGACACUGCGGAAGCACUACUAUCCAGUUGCGACUGGGACGUUCAGAGAGCCAUUGAAACGAUUUCUUCAACGUCUGAGCGACCAAAGGACAACAAAACAAGCUCUAAAACCUUCCGAUUUGGUGUUCUACAAACUCUAUUUUCUCUUUUUGUUUCCGGGAUGCAACGGCUAUUUGCUUUUCUUUCCCGGGUGCCUCUCGUCAAUAACUUCCUGCCGUUUUUGCAACAGAAGAAACGUAUCACUAGUCCUGCAGACGCAUCCAAUGCGUUUAUCCAGCGCUUAGAGGAACAAUACGGCACGGCUCAUAUUAAGCUUUACGACAAUGGCGGCUACAAGGAGGCACUUGUCCAAGCGAAAAAGGAAUAUGGAAUUGCUUUGCUUCUGUUCACCUCUUCAGAGCAUGAAAGUGCAGACGUGUUCGCGAGCAAAGUACUAAUGAACCCUGAAUUGCAUACGUUUUUACUGCGACACAAGAUUAUUUGUUGGGCCGGCGAUGUUUGUGAGGAGGAAGCAUACUUUGCAGCGUGUCAAUUUGGCUGUGGACAUUUCCCUGCCGCCGUCUUGACCAUCUAUUCUCCUCGACAUUCCGAUUUACUUGUUACAGCCUCUAUGUCCGGGGUGCUUAGUGCCGAGUCCUUGAUGACUACGAUCACAAAUGCUUUUGUUCGUUACUUGCCUCCUUUGGAGCGUUUGCACAACUCUCUUGCCGAACAAAACGCAGCACGUGAGCUUCGUGCAGAACAAGACCGUGCAUACAAUGAAUCGCUUGCGGCUGAUCGUAAACGCCAAACUCAAGCGCGCUUGCAACGUGAGCGUGAGCUUGCUAUGCAGCGUCAAAAACGCGAGACGGAAGCAAAGGAUAGAGCUUUUCGGUCUUACAUUCGUUCACAAUGGAUAGAACCUGCGACUCCGUCCGCUUCGGAUACGGCUCGAAUCUCCAUUCGACUUCCGGACGGCAACCGUGUCAUUCGCGUGUUUUCUAAAAGUGCUCUUAUUCGUGAAUUGUAUGAUUAUGCAGAUGCCUAUUAUUAUAAGGAGACAGAUGCUCAAGCCUCCGUUGAUGAGGACGAAGAGUAUUUACGAAACUUCAACGUGAAGACGUACCCCUACGAACAUUCUUGCAGAGUGUACACCCUCAUGCCUCGUGUUCUUCUUGAUCCUUCGACUGUCAUCGAAAGCAACAAGUACAUUUAUCCCAAUGGCAACGUUGUCGUCGAGUUCGCAGACGAAGAGGACGACAGCGAAGAAGAGGAAGAUGAUGCCACGAACUGAUGAAUGAAAAAGAAGAAUUGGCUGAGUCGUAUGCUCAGCAUAAACGCGCUUGGAGAUUUAACGACCUCAAAAGAUACGAUAAUUAAUAAAAGUAAUACAAGUAUGUUUGCAAGCGUGUCGGCUGUAUUCAACAGUAUUCGUCACGUUCAUUGAAACAUCCACUUUUCCAUAGGCGCACUAAUAAAUUGGGUCUUCAGAACACUUUUAGUUAUCCUGGCCUGGUAUUGUGAAAC